GCUGAAGUGCAGUUCGUGAAAAGCAUCGACAAGAUGUUGAAGGGUUUCGGGUGGCAAAAUUUGAUUUUCUUCAUGUGCUCGCUGCUGGUCGUUAUUUGUGAUGCGCAGCUUUCUUCGCGCACCGGAUCUAGUGCAAGGCGACCGUUAACGCGCCAGCUGGUGCCACAAUGUACCGUACCCUAUUUUCCCAACGGUGAGGCCAAAAUCCGCAACCGAGGGCGUAUGCUGAGGUAUGAUUGCAGUACUGGCUACAAGUUGAUAGGUAAUCGCUAUUCAAAUUGCCAAAAUGGACGCUGGGAUACGACGGUUCCUGUUUGCGCGAAACCUGGCUGCCCAACGUUACCUACGGUAGAUUCUGGCUACAUAUUGUACGAGGCUAAUAAGGCUACUGCCUGGUUGUCGUGCUUCGAACGUACGGAGCUGGCCGGUGCAAAGAAUACGUACUGUAACGGGACGCACUGGGAUCGACCAUUAGGCAUAUGCCGGCAAACCGGUGCCUCGACACCGACAACGUGCGAUUUUGAAACGGAAUCAUGGUGCGGCUGGACGAAUGAUGCACUACAUGACUUCGACUGGAAGCGCAGCGAUGGUUCGCUGAAUCCACGUGCGUUGCGUACCGGGCCCAAGUAUGACCAUACGACGAUGCAACCGAAAGCGGGGCAUUACAUGAUCGUCGAUUCAAAUGAGCAGUUUACGAACGAUACCGCCCGUUUGAUAUCACCAUUAUACGAGCCGGAGUACAGUCAGAAUGCCUGCUUUCAGUUCUAUUAUCACAUGUACGGCGAAACCGUGGGCACCCUGCGGGUGUUCGUUAAACCGCUAAAUAGCGAUUUGUACGACCUUAAACCCCUGUUCGAACAGCGGGGUAACCAGAAAAAUGUGUGGCACGAAGGUAAUAUUGCUAUAUCAAACCAAGAGGAGCGGUUCCAAAUUGUUUUCGAGGCGUCACUCGGGAAUCGAUACAAGAGUGAUAUCGCAAUCGACGAUGUGAGUUUGCUGCAAGGAGAAAUUUGCCGUGCGGGGCCGGACGAUGGCUUGGAUAACCCGGAAGAACCGCCAACCGAUGUGGCAAAGAUACCGGUGAAGAUAGAAACGUGUGAAAAUCGCUGUGGUAGCAGCAUAUUGCAUACGGUGCUUAUUAAUGAUACGAUCGCCACUUGUGAUUGCCAUGAGGAUUGCGUUACGAACGAUACGUGCUGUCCUGAUUACCGGGAACGAUGUGUCUUUGAGGUGGACCCGAAUGAGGAAGUGCGGUCAGCGUCAUCUACAGCAACCACCGUGACUACUACAUCGACGACUACUACAGCAAAAGCGAUUCCGGUGAUUUUCGUUGACAAUACGACGAUAAGUACCAGUACGGUUGCUACAACGAUUACUACAUCGUCUACAUCGACCACCUCGACGACCACGAAACCACCAGUAAUCAGAACUACUACAACUUUGCGCACAACAUCCACAUCUACCAGAAUACCCUCAACAACGUCGACGAAGACGACGACGACAAGGAAAACGACAUCAAGGACAACGACCACGAAAAGUCCUGGACGGACAGGUUUUGUCCCGUUGAUCCCACGGGAACGUGUGACUACAACAACAGCGAAACCGAUUCCGCGAACCAUUCCCACAACUGUAGUGGUCCCAGAAACAACUACCGAUAGCACGGUGGCCGUACCUGAAACGACGCUUUAUACCAUUGUAAGGAGUGUGGAAAUGCCUAGCGUAUCGCAGAGCAUUCUGCCGGCCAAAAGAUUCCCGGUAGCUGUUCUUUGGUCUGGAGCGGCCGUAUUACUAUUCGUAACGGUACUAGCCUUUACCAUCUAUCACGUGCGCCGUUCACGAACUGACGUGCUCGCUCGACUAAAAGAAAAGUCGCAGAAAAAGUUUGUCGAAGAUAUCCGAUUUCUGGCGGGUGAUGAAGAUCUGGACUUCAAUAUUACCUCGAUGAGCGAAGGAGUGGAACAGAAGGAAAAACCUGACGGCAGACAAGGUGCGGAGGUCAAAUCUAAAAUCCCAGCAGGACGUACUGCACCUACGGCGACGUCUUAUGGCGCGAGUUGUGAGGAAGUGACCGAUGACGAUUCUUCGGACGACGACGGAGCUGGCGCCACCGGCGGCCAUGGAAGCAGCAAACCCAGGGGAAAGAAAUCGUACGAUAAAUAUGUUAAAUCCUAUGACGAAGAUAUGCAGGCGACCUUACUUUGAGUGUGAUAAGCGAAGCAACGGAAGAAGAGCAAUCGCUGAUGCUCGCUCGGUGUCGGUCGGUUGAUGCCAAAGGGCUGUGUGGUUCAACCACAACACCCCAGCUUCUGCGAUAAGCGAUCCGUGCACUCAGGGGAGGGAAGUACCCGCAGUCGCACAACAGGAAGUGCGACGUGCAAAUGUGAGAUAAACUUCUUCGUUCUGGCAACUUCCAGGCCGGGAAUUGCUAGGGCGCAUUCCUUAUGAGAUGAGCAUGAGGGGUAGAUUCAAGACAAUUUUUCUCAAAUUAACAAUAAAGAUUCCAAUUUACGUAGCCUUA